AUGAACAAGCUCUACGACGUCAUUAUAGCCGGAGCCGGUCCUGUCGGGCUACUCCUCGCCUGCGAACUAGGUCUGGCGCGCAUGUCUGUCCUCGUUCUCGAACGCGAUGCCGCUCCUGAAUCCCCUUGGAAGACACAGCCAUUCGGCUUUCGAGGCUUGCAGACGUCAUCAAUUGAGAUUCUAAACCGGCGCGGCCUGAUCGAUAAGUUCUUCGACCUUUCCGAACGGCCUCACUCUCCGAAAGCUAGAGGUGGUUCCAAGUUCGGCGGUCACUUCGCCGGCAUUAUGCUCGAUAUGCACAAACUCGACUUGACCCGCCACAAGUAUUGUCUUACCGGGCCGUCUCUUAUGCCUGCACCAACGACUAUCGAAAAGAUCGAGACCAUUUUGACUGAGCGCGCUGAAAGCUUGGGUGUCGAGAUCCUCCGUGGGCAUGGAUUUGACCGCAUCGUCCAGGAAGACGACGGUGGCAUUAUAGUCGAGGCAGGAGGAAACGACAAACAUUUCCGCGCCAGAUGGCUGGUCGGCUGUGAUGGGGGUCGAAGCCGAGUACGUAAAGCAGCGGGGUUUGAGUUUGUUGGAACAGAAGCAACCCUCACCGGUUACAGCCUUCGAUGCGAUAUCGACCACCCAGAAAAGUUAAAAAUGGGCUUCAAUCCAACCGAGAACGGGUUUUAUAUCUUCUCACCGUGGGGGGUUUUUGCUCUGAUGGACUUUGAUGGGGGUGCUGGCCAGACUCAGGAGCUCACCCAAGAACGUAUGCAAGACGUGCUGGAACGUGUCAUUGGCAAGACAGACUUGCAUAUCACCAAGCUUCAUCUCGCUUCAGUGUGGACGGACCGCUCUAAACAGACGACGAACUUACGCAAAGGUCGUGUCCUGCUCGCGGGAGAUGCUGCGCAUAUCCACCCACCCUUUGGUGCCCAGGGUAUGAAUGCUGGCCUGGGUGACGCGAUGAACCUGGGUUGGAAGCUGGCUGCCACGAUCCGAGGGGAAAAGCGUGAAGGCGGCCUGUCACAUUUCAAGUUGCUUGAUACCUACGAGAAAGAACGCCAUCCGAUCGGCGCCUCGGUUCUUGAUUGGAACCGCGCACAAGCUGCGACGAUGCAGCCGACUCCGACCGGUCGGGCUUUGCGGGCGCUCGCGACCGAUCUGAUUAAGACGAACGACGGAGUCAAUCACUUUAUCGAUAGAGUAUGGGGUCUUUCGCAACGAUACUCGUUAGGCGAUGACGAACAUCCCCUAGUCGGAUGCAGUGCGCCUGACUUCGUUUUCAAAGACGGGUCAAGACUCAACCCGAAGCUGGUGAAGGGUCAGGGAUUGCUCCUCAAUUUCGGGGAGGACAAAGCCCUAGAGGUGGCGAUCCAGUCAGAUGAGUAUGGCGGACUGAUCGACUAUCUUCACGGAGAUGUUCAGGACAGACUAGGCAUUUCCGCUCUUCUCAUUCGAUGCGAUGGCUUUGUUGCUUGGGUGGCGGAGGAGUCUUCACAACCUGAUAUCGCUAGGCUAAAAACCGCACUUGAUACGUGGUUCCAUGCUUGA